CAGAUAAAAUUCCACUGCACAGCAAAAAAACAAAACACGAAAGCCGAAGUAAAAUCCAGGCACACCCCACCAAACUUUACCGUUGCCCCCCUCACUCAUGCAAACACACGGUGUCGCUCUCUCUCUCUCUCUCUCUCAGAGUCUGAACUUUCGGCCCUCCGACGAUCCCUCAGCUAUGGCGGACCAUGAUAUCUCCUCCCCUCUCCUCUCUUCCCAGCCAUCCGAUACACCCCACCUAACCAUCAUUGUCAACGCCUCCGACUCGGAUAAUCAUCCUAACAACAAAAAUAUCAACAACGACAACAAUGGUAAUCAUCAAAACGGUCGGGAUUCUCACUCCAGAAACCCGUUCGAGUUGAUCGGUUCUAAGGGGCUGGAAGUACCCGGUCCGGCGACGGUAGACCCGUUCCGCAACGAGACUCCAACCAUCGACGGGCUAUACGAGUGGGUGAAGAUCGUGGUUUGCUUGCCGAUUGCGGCGGUCAGGCUCGUGCUAUUCGGCGUUUGCUUGCUGGUGGGAUUUUUGGCGACUAAGUUGGCGCUCGAGGGAUGGAAGGACAAACAGAACCCCUUGCCCAGGUGGAGGUCUAGGAUCAUGUGGGUCACUAGGGUUUGCGCUAGGUGUAUUCUCUUCUCUUUCGGCUAUCAUUGGAUAAGACGGAAAGGAAAACCUGCUCCAAGGGAGACCGCUCCAAUUGUUGUAUCUAAUCAUGUGUCAUUCAUUGAACCCAUCUUCUAUUUUUAUGAGUUAUUCCCUACCAUCGUGGCAGCUGAGUCCCAUGAUUCCAUACCUUUUGUUGGAACUAUUAUUAGAGCGAUGCAGGUGAUUUAUGUCAAUAGAUUCUCACCGUCAUCGAGGAAGCAUGCUGUCAAUGAAAUAAAGAGAAAGGCUUCUUGCGAUGGAUUUCCCCGAUUACUGUUAUUUCCCGAGGGAACCACAACUAAUGGAAGCGCUCUUAUCUCAUUCCAACUUGGUGCGUUCAUCCCAGGAUACCCAAUCCAACCAGUAGUUAUCCGCUAUCCUUACGUACACUUUGACCAAUCAUGGGGGAAUAUCUCUUUAGCAAAGCUCAUGUUUAGAAUGUUCACACAGUUUCACAAUUUUAUGGAGGUGGAAUACCUUCCUGUGGUAUCACCCCUCACUAAUCGAAAAGAAAGCAUCAUCCAUUUGGCUGAGAGGACUAGCCAUGCUAUUGCAACUGCACUUAAUGUUACAGAAACCUCUCAUUCCUAUGGGGACUUAAUGCUUCUUACAAAAGCAUUGCAAUCAAAGCAGGAAAAGCCUUCAAGUUAUAUGGUUGAAAUGGCUAGGGUGGAAUCGUUGUUCCAUAUAAGCAGCUUGGAAGCUGUGGACUUUUUGGAUAAAUUUCUGUCAAUGAAUCCAGACCCAAGUGGCUGUGUUAGAUUUUAUGACUUCUUAAGUGUUCUAAGACUAAAGGCUUGUGCUCUUUCUGAAGAGAUAUUUGCAUUCAUUGAUGUGGAGAAAAAUGGAACAAUCACAUUCAAGCAGUUCUUAUUUGGAUCAGCACAUGUCAUGAAGCAGCCAUUAUUCAGGCAAGCUUGUGAAUUAUCCUUCACUGAAUGCACGGCUGGGGGAAAUGAUUACAUGCUGGAACAUGAAUUGGGAGAUUUCCUUGGUCGUGGAAUCCCAGACUUGAAUGCUGAUGAGGUCCAUGGGCUGUUCAAUUUACUUGAUUCUGAUAAUGAUGGGAAGAUCAGUAAGGAUGAUUUUGAUUCCUGCCUAAGAAAGAAUCCUUUGCUGAUAGCACUUUUCUUACCUUGUUUGCUGCACAAGGGCUUCUCUUCUCAGAAGCUGGUGUUAGAACGCUGAAGGGCAUAGUGCGAUGAAUGAGUUUUUUCAUGCUCUUGCUUGAACCAGAGGCAGCUCAACUCCUCCCAUAUUGGCUUGUACUUAAAUGCUUUAGAAGUGGAAAAGAAAAAAGAAUCGAAGGCGGAAUCCAUUGUGCAGGUGGAGUUUGAUCGAUCAAUCUACUUGGAUUGGUUGGUGAAUGAGGGCAAAGACGUAUUUAGAGGUAGUAGCUCAGAAUUGCAUGCUAAAGACAAGGAUUUUCCCAUAAAAAGUAAAGACUUUGAAUGUAGCACCGAAGUGGAUGAUGCCAAUUAUUAUUGCAGUCCAGGAGCACCUUUGACCUAUUAGAUUUAUGUUUGUAUAUCUUUCAUUUCAAGUUAAAGUACGUGCCGAGUAGGUCACUCUGUUUUGUGGGCGAAAUCCCAAGGCAUGGAAACAAACAUAAAACGACAUUUUUAUGGGUGUUUGGAAGAACAUACAACAGCUGUCUGUCUCACCGCUACAGCUGUGUUGCCUAGCAUUGAUUUAGCAUUCGUGCGUUGUAUGUAUGAAUGCUAAUUUGGUCGUGUCGAUAUUGGUGAAGACAGCAUUUGCUUCUUUAUCAUUGUUGGGAAAAGACAAAGGUAGCUGGUUCUGUUAAGAGAACAGUUGCGUUUCAGCUACACAGUUAGGAUGAUGAUAUGAAGAUAGACAUUUAAGGUGUCAAGGAGAUUCAAUGCAAGGACUCCACCAAAGUAACAAAAAUAAUUUGAUUCACGGCCGGUGUGAAAGAGCGACUGGCACCGCAUAUGAAACCACUCUUAGAUAUGAUCGGCUUUAGUGGUCCGAAGGUGAAAUGAC